GGGAUCGAUGCUCUCUGUCUCGGGAUCCGCAUCCAUUCGCCAGUUCCCUGAGGGGCAUCCUGCUCCGGAUCCUUGUCGAUGCACCAAGCGUGCCCAGGCGCCCCGAACAAAGCAGCGUUACUUCCUUUCGGCCCGUACUUGACAUGGAAGCGCAUUGAGUGGUGAGCUGACACCGACUGCUGUGCAUGAGACUGCGGUGCGUGACUUCGGGAAGCCAGCCGAUGGAGAAGCUUUUCGUGACCAUCCUCCUUUGCAUACACACUUUCCGAGAUGCCGGUGCUGUGAAAAUAGGUGUUAUACUUAAACCUGACUUGAACAUAGUUCAGUCAGCUUAUGAAGGCGUUAUGUAUAACUACAGCAACAGCAAUGUUGCUCAGGAGAUCAAAUUCAAGGUGAAGACAAACUUUGCUACUCUGGAAGAUACUGACCUGUUCUCCACCAGCCGAACACUGUGCGAGCAGUUGCGCACCAACGUGACGACGGUGGUGGUGUCGAGCAUGUCGCACUCGUCACUCGCGCUGCAGUCGUUGUUCAAGAACACCAACGUGCCGUACGUGGCCACGUCGUACCAGGAACACUGCAGCGUGAACGUGGGCGGCAACCUGAACCUGCCGUCGGCCGACUCCCUGGGGGUCUCGCUGCUCCCCGAUUACCUGCCGGCCGUCGCCGAGAUGGUCGACCACAUGCGCUGGCCGUCCUUCGUCUAUGUCUACGACUCAGAGAACGGGCCCUCUAAACUGCAGCGCCUGCUGAGCCACACGUACCGAGAGGCGGUGACGGUGCGCUUCGUCAAGCGUGUCAGGAACAGCAGCGACGCCAACGAUUUCCUCCGCAUGCUGGAGACCACGGACCGGGAGAGCCGCAAACACGUGCUGCUCGACUGCCACUUCGACAUGGCGCGGAGAAUCAUCGUGGACCACGUGCGCGACAUUUACAUGGGGACGACGAAACUACCACUUCUUCCUCAUCAAUCCGGUUGUUAACGAGCUGACGUACGACAAGGUUCCCGAGUUUGCGGCAGUCAACAUUACUGCGUUGCGGCUGGUCAGCGAGGAUGUUUCGCAGCAGUCGUCCAUGGAUCCCUCUCAGGAGCCCCGGGAGAAAAGAAUCACGCUAGAAGAGGCCCUCAUUCAAGACGCGGCGUCCCUGAUAGUGGAGACUUACAAGGACCUGAAGCUUCGAAGCGUCGUGCCGCACCGGUAUUCGUACAUCUUCGAGGACCACGAAGACGAGGAGUUCCGGAGAGGCCCGUCCGCGGCGUUGCAGCCUCCGCGGCUCGAAGCCGAGCUGCUCGAAGAAGCCGAGCCGAUGCCGCAGUCGGACGCGCCGCACCAGGGCUGCGGAGAGCGGCCGUCCGUUCCGCAGGAGCUCGGCGAAAUCAUCACUAAACACCUCAGAGGGAGAAGUUUCCAAGGCCUGACUGGUCCUAUUCGGUUCACGACUGACGGAUGCAGAAUUGACUACAAAGUGCACAUUGUGCAGUUGAACACAACGAAUGAGGCAUUCAAGGUGGCCGAGUGGUCGGACACGAAGGCCUUCGAAGCGGUUUCGAAACCCCUCAAACCUUUGGUCAAUGUCACGGAAGAACUGAAUGAAGACCGCGU